AUGGCAUACUACGACGACCGCCCCUACUACGCCCCGGAUCGCCGCGACCGCCCAAAAGGAACCGCCGCAGAAUACUAUGAAGAUCACCCCGAGUCCCCCCAGCCGCCUCGAGGAUCACGCCGAUUUGAGCGAGAGAUCUAUCCGUACGGCCGCCCUGACGAUUCCGUUGAGGAAGUCCAGCGUCAUUUCCCGCCUGGUGAAGACUACGUCUAUGAGCGCGGCUACAAUUCUCGCCGCUCGGGCAGACCAGUCUAUGAGACAGUGCGCCGCGCCUCGUCGACUGGCGGGUACGAUCGUUACUACGACGAUAGGCCCCGCCGAUCUGACACCAGGCGCUCCCGCCAAUAUGAUGACCGCCGGUCCCGUCGUUCAAGGUACUCGCCGCAAUCUUAUAGCCCGUCCCCAGAGCGCCGCAAGUCCCGCCGCAAGUCAUUCGGCGAACAGGCUCUCGGUGCUUUGGGAUUAGGUGGAGGUGCAGCUGCAGCUGCCUACAAGCACGAUCGCGACCAACAUCGUGAUCGUGACUACCGUGGAAGUGAUCGAGACUACUAUGACCGCGACCGCCGCGACCGUCGAGGCCGCUCCUACUCGCGCAGCCACCGCCGUGACUCCUCCUCACGCAGCCGCAGCCGCAGCCGGCACCGCAGCAAAACCAAGGAAGAGCGGAUCGCCCAAGCCGCCCGUGCAGCACUUGCAGCCGGCGCUGUCCAAGCCUUCCGCUCACGCAAAGACCCAGGUCCAUGGACCGGCGAGAAGGGCAAGGCGAUCCUCACGGCCGCUGUGGCAGCUGCAGGAACAGAUGGAUUGGUGGACAAAGAUCCCAAAAAGCACAGUAAGCGCCACACCAUUGAGUCCACACUGGCAGGUCUCGCUGCGGGGCAGCUCAUGAACCGAGGACGGUCGAAGUCCAGAGGACGCGGCCAUAAGUCUUCCGGUGGCCUGAAGGACCUCGUUUCGGCGGGAGCUUUAGCCGCGGCGGGUAAAGAGAUCUAUGACCGAUUUUCGCGCUCACGCUCGAGGCCGCGAGGCCGUGAUGGUUCUCGCGAUAGUUCCGGUUCCGAGAGCGAUGAGCGCAGUUCACGCCGAGAUGGUCAUCGCGGUUCGCAAAAGCGGAGCAAGAGUGUCUCGGAUUACCUGAGCAAGGGCAUGGCUGCCUUGGGGCUUGAGGCUGGUGAAUCUGAUCGGCGCGACGGGCGAGACCGCAGUCUCAGUCGCAGCCGCAGUCGCAGCCGCAGUCGCAGUCAUAGUCGCAGCCGCAGUCGCAGUCAUAGUCGGGAUAGGGACCACGGACGAUCCCGGCGGGGCUCGAAGCGGCACGAUUCGUACUCCGACUCGGACGCAGAUGACAGUGAAUACCGGAGCAGGGGCUCGAGGCGAGGAAGAAGCGACAGAGAUUCGCGAGAUGUAGGUCUAUACCGUUCAAGCGGCAGGAAUUCAACCCCCAGAGCGCCGGCAAGCGCACCAGGCGGGGGACAUGAUGGAGCAAUGGUCCCCAGGUCGCGCGGGCGUUCAAGUUCUGAAAGUAGUUCUGACCUAGGUGACAGUUCUGAUGAGAGGGAGAAACGUAAGAAGAUGAAGCGAGACUUGCUGGUGACAAGUGGCCUGGCUACUGUGGCGACAAUUCACGCUGCGCAUAGCGUGCACCAGGGUAUCGAAAAGCGCAAGAAGCGGAUCAAGGAGCUGGAAGAGGGCAAGAUCACACCCGAGGAGGCCCGGAAACGCCGCAUUAAGGCUGAUGUUCUCGAUGUCGCGAGUAUUGGGCUGGCUGCGUUGGGGAUCAAGGGUGCCGUUGGUGAAUGGAAAGAAGUCUUGGAGAAGCGAAAGGAACGUCGCGAGUUCCAGGAAGAGUGCGCUCGGCAUGCUGAGUUGAGAAAGAAGCGACGUGCUCGCAGCCAAGGCCCUCCAUAUCGACGUCGCUGGCCGGACGAAAUUGAGGAUGCUCCUUCACCGGUGCAUUCGUGGAAGCCCAAUACUCCUGUCCAAGCCCUUGAGGCCCCACAGGCGACUUACUAG